UACACACGUCAAACGGCGCAGCGCAGCCGCAGUGCGUUUGAUCGGGAGGGUCGAAAAAGCGCAUCCCGAGUGAUUGUCGGACCCCUGAAGUUGUCGACGGAAACGCCAGGAGAUAAACGCCGUCCCGGUAUAUUGCUGUUAUUCAGGGAGAAGUGGGGUUUCAAUAUGGCAGAUCGGGCAAAUAACUUUCCUCCGCUGCCACGGAUUCUAAAAAUUAAGCCAUGCUUUUACCAGAACAUCGAGGAGGAAAUUCCUGCCCCCCAUCAGCUUUUGGUGCGCAGAGUCUACAUGCUUUGGAUGAUGUAUUCAGGCACGCUAUGCGCUAACGUGAUCUCAUGUAUUGCUUGGUGGGCCGGGGGCGGAAAUGCCACAAAUUUUGGCUUCUCCUUGCUCUGGCUUAUCCUCUUCUGCCCCUGUAGUUACACCUGCUGGUUCAGACCCCUCUACAAAGCUUUCAGGGCGGACAGCUCGUUCAACUUCAUGACCUUCUUCUUCAUCUUCUUCCUUCAGUGUGUCUUGGCCCUCAUCCAGACUUUAGGCAUCACUGGUUGGGGAACAUGCGGCUGGAUUGCAACAGUGACGUUUUUCAGCACAAAUGUGGGUUCCGCUAUAGUGAUGCUUAUCACAACUCUGCUCUUCACUGUGGUGACUGUCUUAAUGGCAUUGGUUCUCCUUAAGGUGCACAGACUGUACCGUGGAGGAGGCGGUAGUCUGCAGCAUGCUAAGGAAGAGUGGAGCACUGGGAUGUGGAAGAGUGCACCGGUGAGGGAAGCAGGGGUCAACGCUGUCACUCAGGCAGCCCAAGGCCCGAGUUUGCCCGAGUACCCCGCCGCCGUGCCCAGUUAUCCCGACAACAGUCACUGGUGAUGCCUGAGAAUCACCUCUAGAUGGAGGCAGACAUCUGGCCAUUUCUUCAUUGCUCCAGAAAGCACUUCAAAACACUGUAUCAAUUUGAGUUAUUUCGGUGUGUGUUUUUUAACAAUAGGACAGAAUAGCUGUAAAAAGUUUUAUUAAAAGAGUUUUGUCACCACAGCUCAGUAGAGCCAUGUGGUAGUUCAUCUUCAAAAUAUGCCAUUCCAUUUCAGCUUUGUUUACAUAUAGUUCAUCAAAAUGAAUGACAAAUAUACUCAAAUGAAAGAUUUGUUCAGGAUGGUUUAGUGUCUUGCAGAUUCUCAGUAGGUAAUCCAGAAAGAGUGUGACCAGUUUCAGGAUAGCGGUGUGAGAAGGACGUGUGCCUUAUGGACCUUUAUGAUAGCGUAGUUUUUGUGUAUUGCCAGAAUUGCAUGCUAGAAACUAAAGUAUGCUGAAGAACAGGGUUUCUUUUUUUUGCAACAAGAGACUCUGCAAACUGCACGAUUUUUUUAUCUGGUGGAAUUCUUUUUACUGUGUAUUGUGGCAGGACUUCAGUUUAUUUUUGAUACGUCAUGCUUGAUAUUUCCACGCUUGCCUGUGAUUUCUUGAAAUGCGCCUUACUACUACUACUGCGUACAGAUUUUGCAUGUGAAAAAAUGUCUUGCUUGACUUUCGCCUUAACAAAUGCUGCUUUUUUGUUUUGGUAAAACUGGACUUAUGCUUCAGUGAAGCAACUCUCCUGCGUGAUUUCUCACUGAGCACUGAUGUGCCAAAUGACUUUUCCAUUAUUUUGAUAUAAAAAAAAAAAAAGAAGUCACACCCAAAGUAGACAUCAUGUCAUAGUCUGCCUCAGUAUUUCUCAGUUUCUGUUGUUCCAAGGCUACACUGUUUGCUUUUUAGCGGCCAGCGCCCUACUGUGAAAGCACCUUAUCAGCUGUUGUCGAUGUUCCAGUCUCUUUCACUUUCCCCCAGAUGGACUGAAUUUGUGUGUUUAAUGACUACAGUAUGUUGCAUGCAGCCUUUUGUGGGGUUGGAACUGACAAGGAUUCUCUUAUUUCAAGUGAACUGGCCUCAUGUAACCAAUAGAAAUGGGCACAAACAGCAGGCUGAUUAAAAUCCUGCAUGUAGAUCCGAUGACAUUGGAUAUGGCUAAUUUUCUGUCAUUCCAUCAAAUUUUUGGUCAACAGUGAAAGUGGCGUUUAAUGCUACCAGAAGCCUGUAUGAGAAGUAUUUGUCGUGACCAAGAGCGAAAGGUGCUUGCCUCCUUGAUUGACAACUCAUUUCUCUUGUUACAAAAGUGUCCUUCAUGGCCGACUGCCAAAUCUAGUAUUUUGAUUCUUCUGUUAUUUGAUAAGUGACAAAAUGAAAUGGAUAUGUCAAAGUAACCUUUAAAUAUUGGAACGUUUCAAUAAAUAUUCACAUGACGUCUGUCGGA